UUUUACUGAACAUUCAGUCUGAGGAAAACAUAACGAACCCAAACACAGGGUUGAAGAAUUUGCAGUCAGGCUCUGAAUCUUGUUUGUUGUAGACGACGAACUAUAUUUCCUGAGUCAGUCAGGAGAAGUUGACUAGUGCAUUUGCAAGUUUCUUGAUGGGGCGUCAUCUAAGGAAUGAUUCUAAAUCUCCAGUACAGGACCAUGGGUCUCCUCGUAGGAGGAGUCCAUCUAGGAAGAGUCAAUCUCAAACAGAAAGAUCUCCUACUCGAGAGAGAAAGUCCCACAGAGGCAGUUCUCCACCAAGAGAGAAACAUUCAAGUCGCCCCAAGUCUCCUAAGCAUGCAAGGUCACCCUCUCCCCCUCCUCGCUCUCCUUCUCCCCGGACAAAACGGCUAAGAAGAGCUGAAGCUGAAAGAGUGCCUGGGAGAGAACAUGAAAGGAUCAAUGAUAGGGAUUUACAGGAAGGUGGUUCAGAGAGAGAUUUGGGGGAUAGAAAGGAGAAAUCGUUGGGAAGGAAUGACACCGAUGAUAAAUCUUCAAGAUCAAGACGUGGUACUUCUCCAUCUGAUCGACACCGUAGGAGUAGGCAUAGGUCUCGCUCGCCUCAACAUGCUGGUGAUACAAGAGAUGGGGAGAAAGUAACUGACGGCCGUGGAAGAAAUCAUAGCAGAGGGAGUGAUAAAAGCAUGCACAGGGAAAAAGGUUCAGACUGGGAAAGUCAGGCUGAAAGAAUGGAGAGAAGGACAGCAAAAGACAGCACUGGUCAUAGGUCUUCAAGAUCAAGACAUGAGCAAUCUACUUCUCCAUUGAAUGGACACCACAAGAACAGACACCGAAAUCAUUCACCUCAGCAAGCAGCAGAUACGAGAGCUCGUGAUGAGGUGCCAGAGUCAAGAGAGGCUGAGGAUGGGAUUGAUGAGAAUGAUUCAGUAGCUAUGAUGAAGGCUGCUGAGGAAGCCUUGGAAGUACAGAAAAAGCAAAAGCCAUCGUUUGAGCUAUCUGGAAAGCUUGCUGAAGAAACCAAUAGAUUCAGGGGUAUAACACUACUAUACAACGAGCCAGCCGAAGCACGGCAACCUACUGUAAGAUGGCGGCUUUAUGUUUUCAAGGGUGGUGAAGUUCUUGAUGAACCCCUUAAGAUACAUCGCCAAAGCUGUUACCUUUUUGGGAGGGAAAGAAGGGUGGCAGACAUCCCUACAGAUCACCCGUCUUGCAGCAAACAACAUGCUGUUAUACAAUUCCGGCAAGUAGAAAAGGAGCAACCUGAUGGUACAUUGUCAAAGGAAAUAAAGCCUUACAUAAUGGACCUCGGAAGCACAAAUAAGACCUUUGUUAAUGAAAGUGCAAUUGAACCUCAGCGAUAUUAUGAACUUAUGGAAAGAGACACGAUCAAAUUUGGCAAUAGUAGCCGUGAGUAUGUGCUACUGCAUGAGAAUUCUAUGGAUUGAUAGCUUCAAUUGGGUUAACUUCAAAGUGCCUCCCACCUUGACUUUUGGAAUAUGCUGGAUCAGAGAUGUAUGGACAAUUUUCUGUUUGUUUCUCUUUUGCUAAUCAGUUGUAUGGAAAUGACUUGAUUUCCUGAAUGCCAUCAAUUCCGGGUAUUUUUCUUCAGAUAUUGGAAAGAGAAUGGUAUUUUGUAUCUCCAUCUGUUUGUCAUGAUUCGUGUACUUGUGUAGAUGCAAGUCUUUGCAGUUGCAAGGUACACACCAAGGGUGACUGCAUUACAAAACAGUAAAUCUUAGAGUUAGUCGCAUCACUAGGAGGCAUCACCUUUUUCAACUCGCACAUGCCAGAGGGAGGAGGGAAG